AUGAGGAUGAACGCCAACUUUAUCCAGCUGUUGCAACUAUUUGAAAAGAUGCACGAAUACUCUUGGGGCACUGCCAUGCUUGCACACUCGUUGAAGGAGUUGAGAAAGGCUUCUAAGGCAGCCAGGAACCAAAUCGGAGGGAAUAUGGGUUUUCUGCAGUCGUGGAUAUAUUUGCACUUCCCAGUAUUUGCUAAAAGGGAUUUUGAGAACAAGGAAUGGGACAGAGAGCAUUAUGGAGACCAGUACAACUGCAGAAGUAAGCCGAAGAAACAAAAAAUGGAUUUUCUGAAUUUGAGACGCCAGUUAGACAACUUGACGACGAAUGAUGUUGUCUUUGAUCCUUACAAGAAGGAUUUGGGUAAAGGAAAAGGAAAGAAGGUUGGGUGCAAAGAGCAAAGUGAAUAUUGUGGGCCUUUGUUUCACCCAAGAGGAUAUGUAAUGUACAACCCGACGAGAGUUGCAAGACAAUGCGGUUAUGUACAAAAAAUCCCAAAGGCGCACAAGAUGUUCAACAUCAAUUGGACAAAAACCAAAUCAUAUGAUAAUGAUAUUUUCAUUGUUCACAAGCCUUUACCAUCAUGUGAUUAUUGGGACGACAGAGCGUUUCACAGAUAUCCUUUGGAUGGUCCAUCUCGAGCAGAUGGCGAGACAAUUCCGGGUUACAUACCGUGGUACCUCAAAGUUUCGCACACUCGAGUGAUACAAGUAGAUGAGAGGCCCAAGAUAAAGGACAAAGAUACGGCUCUCGAUUACUUGGUGCUUAUUGUUACUCAAUUAUGA